CGGUAGCGUCCGCGGCGGCCCGCAAGGAUUUGAAACCGUUUCGUUGUGGAGGCGGCGACGGCGGCCGACCGGAAAGCUUGCAUACUGAACGAUGGAAAUGGGAAGUGAAGAAGAAAAGUGGGAGAAGCUGGAUGCAGAAUUUGAUCACUUUGUGGUAGAUAUGAAGCCCUUUGUUCUAAAAUUACCCCAUAGGUCAGAACGGCAACGGUGUGCUCUUUGGAUCCGAAAGCUGUGUGAGCCUUCAGGCACAGGUGCGGGCCUGAUGGGCAGGAAGAACCGGAACCUGUAUGCGAAACUGUUACUGCAUAUGCUUAAGCGAGGCGUUCUCGAAGGCCCCUUUACACACCGACCGGAACCAGGCACGCUGAAGACCUUACCUUCCUACAUGUCCAUCUAUUUUGAUGAACCAAAUCCAGCACGAGCAAAAGGUUCAAGCCCGGAAGGAUUACCAGACUGGGUGAUGGGUGAGCUGGGAACCAGUGAACACAAAUUAAAUGAAUCAUGGAAACUUUCUUCUGGAGAAGAUUACUCUUGGGCGCAGUCACCAACUGAUGUGCGCAGUUUUGAGGCUGUGUCUGUGUCCUUCGCCUCUGCUGGCCAUACGGCGUCUUCUGAGCCGUCGCUUUCAUAUCCAGCCCUGAUUCUCAGCUUCCUCGAAGAGCGGGGAAGCCUGUCCCUGCCUCUGCAUUCUCGGCAGGAAGCUCACCCCCAAAAAUCUGCCAUUUCUUUGGAUGACAGCGACAUUGAAGCUCGCCUUAAUAGCUGGAAUCUUGGGAUAGAAAAUCCUCGGUACCUGAGGGAGAAACCUAUGCCAGUUUCUCUGAUGACUCCCAAAUUUAGCCUGAGAAAAUCCAGUAGUCUCCAUGAUGACCCUCUGCGCUCCCGAAUGCACGAGAAAGAGUUGGACAUAAAAACAAAAAUGAUAGAAGCUAAAUGCCAUGAGGAGAAGCUGAAACUGCAGCAGAAACAUGAUGCCGAUGUCCAGAAGAUUUUAGAAAGAAAGAAUAAUGAAAUAGAAGAAUUGAAGAUUUUAUACAAGAAGAAACAGAAUGAAAUGGAGGAGUCUAUUAGAAAACUUGAAAAGAAAGUUCAGAUCCUUAUACGUGACUGUCAAGUUAUCAGAGAGACCAAAGAAAACCAGAUUACAGAGCUAAAAAAGAUAUGUGAACAGAGUGCAGAAUCUCUGAAUAAUGAUUGGGAAAAAAAGCUCCAUAAUGCCGUGGCCGAAAUGGAAAAGGAGAAGUUUGAUCUUCAGAAGCGGCACACGGAGAAUAUCCAGGAGCUGCUGGAGGACACGAACGUGCGUCUGAAUAAGAUGGAGGGCGAGUACCUGGCGCAGACGCAGUCCACGAACCAGAUGGUCAAGGAGCUGGAGUCCCGUGUCCAACAGCUGACCGGAGAAGCAGAGAACAGUAAUUUACAGAGACAGAAAUUGAUUCAAGAAAAAAUGGAACUUGAGAGAAUUUACCAGAUAACAUGUAAUGAAUUACAAGAAGUAAAGGCAAGGCGCAACUCACUACAUAAGGAGAAAGAUCACCUUGUAAAUGAUUAUGAACAAAACAUGAAACUCUUUCAAACGAAAUACGAUGCUGAUAUAAGCCUUCUGAAAAAGGAACAUGCUCUUUCAGCUUCUAAGGCAUCUGGUAUGAUUAAAGAACAAGAACAGAACAUCUGUCAAUUAAAACAGCAGCUCCAGGAAUCAGAACUUCAAAGGAAGCAGCAACUAAGGGAUCAAGAAAAUAAGUUUCAAAUGGAGAAAAGCCAUUUAAAACGCACCUAUGAGAAAAAGAUUCAUGACUUGGAGAGUGAACUUGGUAAAGAGAAAGAAGAAACUCAAAAGAAAAUCCAUAAACUUGAGGAAGCACUGAAGGAGAAAGAGGAGCAGCUGACUCGUGUGACUGAAGUUCAGAGGUUGCAGGCCCAGCAGGCAGAUGCCGCCCUGGAAGAGUUCAAGCGGCAGGUGGAACUGAACUCCGAGAAAGUCUAUGCCGAAAUGAAAGAGCAGAUGGAAAAAGUAGAAGCCGAUCUAACUCGAUCCAAGUCUCUUCGUGAGAAACAGUCCAAGGAGUUUUCAUGGCAGCUGGAGGAGGUCAAACAGCGAUACGAGCAGCAGAUAGUAGAGCUGAAGCUGGGGCAUGAACAGGAGAAGACGCACCUAUUACAGCAGCAUAACGCAGAGAAGGAUAGCCUAGUCCGAGACCAUGAACGGGAAAUUGAAAACCUGGAAAAACAGCUUCGCGCUGCCAAUAUGGAGCACGAAAAUCAAAUUCAAGAGUUCAAGAAACGAGAUUCACAGGUUAUUGCCGACAUGGAAGCCCAAGUUCACAAGUUGAGAGAAGAGCUGAUUCAUGUGAAUUCCCAGCGGAAACAGCAGCUGGUAGAGCUCGGUCUUCUUCGUGAAGAGGAGAAGCAAAAGGCUGCGAGAGACCACGAGACCGCAGUCUAUAAGCUGAAGGCCGAGUCGGAAAAGAUGAAGAUGGAGCUGAAGAGGACUCACGCUGCUGAGACUGAGGUGACUUUGGAAAAGGCCAACAGCAGGCUGAAGCAGAUUGAGAAGGAAUACACUCAGAAGCUCACCAAAUCCUCACAGAUCAUAGCAGAACUUCAGACAGCCAUUUCCUCUCUGAAAGAGGAGAACAGCCGGCUGCAGCUUGCUGCGGAAAGACGGCUCCAGGACGUCACCCAGAAGUUUGAAGAUGAGAAGCAGCAGCUGAUUAGAGAUAAUGACCGAGCAAUCAAGGCUUUGCAAGACGAACUAGAAAACCGCUCUAACCAAGUGCGAUGUGCAGAGAAGAAGCUACAGCACAAGGAACUGGAGUCACAGGAGCAGAUAACUUAUAUACGACAAGAAUAUGAAACAAAAUUCAAAGGGUUGAUGCCGGCAUCUCUAAGACAAGAGCUCGAAGAUACCAUUUCCUCCCUCAAGUCACAGGUUAACUUUCUGCAAAAGCGAGCGUCCAUCCUUCAAGAAGAACUGACCACCUACCAAGGCAGAAGGUAA